UACCUUUCUCUUCUCUUUCCGAAUCUGAGCUCACCCCCCCCUCCCCCCCCCUCUUUGGAGAGAGAUCGAUUAACAAUGGCGAUCAAUAGAAAACUCGUAUCUCUUCUCUUCCUCUUAGCAACCGUAUCAUCAUUCGCAUCAGCAUCCUUCUCCGAUCCAGAUUCCGACUCCGAUCUCGUCAACGAACUCGUUUCCCUGAGAUCAAACUCAGAAUCAGGCGUAAUCCAUCUCGACGACAAUGGAAUCUCCAAAUUCCUCAUCUCCUCACCCACACCACGACCUUACUCCAUCCUCGUCUUCUUCGACGCCACUCAGCUCCACAGCAAAACCGAGCUCCGUCUCCAAGAGCUCCGCCGCGAGUUCGGCCUCGUCUCCGCUACCUUCCUCGCUAACAACAACGGAUCCGAUCUAAACAAGCUUUUCUUCUGCGAGAUCGAGUUCUCCCGAUCCCAAGCUUCCUUCCAGCGAUUCGGCGUUAACGCUCUCCCUCACAUCCGUCUUGUAUCCGGUUCAACAUCAAAACUAAGCGACGAAUCUGGUCAAAUGGACCAAUCUGAUUUCUCUCGUUUAGCUGAAUCCAUGGCUGAGUUCGUCGAGCAAAGAACCAAGCUCACCGUCGGUCCGAUCCAACGGCCGCCGUUUCUCUCCAAGGCGCAGAUCAGCGUCAUCGUUGCUUUGAUCGUUAUCGCCACUCCCUUUGUCAUCAAACGGAUUCUGAAAGGAGGAACUCUUCUUCAUGACCGUAGGCUUUGGUUAUCAGGUGCUAUCUUUAUCUACUUCUUCAGCGUCGCGGGAACAAUGCACAACAUCAUCAGGAAGAUGCCUAUGUUUCUUCAGGAUCGUAACGAUCCCAACAAGCUAGUUUUCUUCUACCAAGGAUCUGGAAUGCAGCUUGGAGCUGAGGGAUUCGCUGUGGGGUUCUUGUACACUGUUGUUGGCUUGCUCUUGGCGUUUGUUACUAAUGUGCUUGUUCGAGUAAGGAAUCUUAAUGUUCAGAGAUUGGUGAUGCUUGUGGCUCUCUUUGUAUCCUUCUGGGCUGUCAAGAAAGUUGUUUUCUUGGAUAAUUGGAAGACUGGCUAUGGGAUUCAUCCCUACUGGCCAUCAAGUUGGCGUUGAUUUCUCAACCUCUUUUGAGGUGAUGAGUUUAAUUUUCAAGACAUUUCUGGGACAUUUUGUAUGCUUAAUGUGGUACUUUGAAUCAGUCUAGUACAAUUUCAGAUGGUUUAAACUCA